UGAACUGGGAUAUAAAUAGAAAAGAAAAAAGCCAGCCGCAAGAGCUAAGAGAGUCGGGGGGGCUUCAGGAGAGCUAACGAAAAAGAAAAACUGCAGAGCUAGGGGAAGCUAAGAGUGACGGGGUUGGAGGAGAGAAAAGCUGAGCAAGAUGGAGUCUUGGGGCUGGAGGAGAAACACAGGCAAAAGAAAAGGAACCUACCGAGGGAAUAGAGUGGGGGCGGAAAGGAAAAUCUGGGCCAAAUAGAGAGAGACCAAAGAGAGAGUAAAAACUGAGGAGAAGAUAGAGAGCUUUUGGAGAGUAAACCAACGGGGAGGAGAUUCAAAGGAAAAAACAGCAAAAGAAAAAGCUAAGGACGAACGGAGGGAAACCAGAAAUCAGUGAGAGAAAGAGAGAAAGGCCGCAAGAAAGGAGAUAAAGGGGAGGGUUUUGGAAGAGAGCAUCGACGGGCUGAAAGAAAAUUGAGCAAGGGUUUUGGGGACUGAGGAAAGAGUUACGAGAAAAAGAGGGAAGACAAGAGAGAGUGACGGGAUAGAGAUUGAGAAGCGGCAAAAGGAAGGAAAUCAGAACAAAGGGGGGGUUGAAGAAAAGGAAGUAGCAACUGGGGAGAGCUAGGAGAAUCUGAGAGCAAGGAAAAAGAAAGCCAAAGGGAAAGCAGCGUAAGAAAGGACCAGGGGGAAAAGGACGAUUCUGAGGAGAACCAAAGAAAGAGCCCAACCUCAUCAUCGGCUCUGAUCUGUAUCAAGAAACCAGCAAGAGCUACGUAAUAUUUAAACAUAACUUCUCGUCGAAGCCCCAUCAUAACGUGAUCCCGUAGUCAAGCCCAAAAGAAUCGUGUAGACAUGAGUACUCGGCCAGGAUCGUCUGAUAUGACCGCUGCAACUACCCAGCCGGAAGCCACAAGUCCCGGGAUUCAGUUGACUGAAUUACUCGCCAAAUUUGGGGAAAUGGCAUCUGAAAUGGCAACCCAAAGGAAGUUGAUUGAUGAGCUAAUCAGCAGCGGAGUUCAACCUGAACCUGUACCUGACAGGCAGCCAGAGCCAGAAUCAUUUGUCAUCCCUUCAACUCAAGUCACUGAUACUCCAUCAUUCCCUAUUCCACCCGAGGAAACUUUCGCCUAUCCCACCACAAAUUUGCCAUACGCCUACCCUCCUAAUCCUUCAUCUUUUCUUACUCGCAGGCAAGGCUCACAACCCCAAGCUACUUCAAAUAUAUCACCUGAGUUACAUACCUUUUAUUACCCUGCUGCUGAACCUUUCCUACCAGACCACACUGUUCAAACCAAGCCAGAAAUGGGGGAAUCUUCCACUCCCGUUGAUAUGAAGCUGCUCAAGCGCCUUGACCGCUUUGAUGAGUUUAUGGGGAAAAGUCAGGGGUUGAACAAGCAAGGAGUUUUGGAUUACGAUAAGUUUUGCCUUUUGCCGAAUGUGCGGUUGCCUGAGAGGUUCAAAACCCCUAAAUUUAACAAGUAUGAUAGGACGGGUAAUGUCUCUGCCCUCGAAUCACAGUUGGAUGCUUUACAAGGACAAAGGAGUAGUGGGAAAAAGCAACAAUUCCAAAAGAAAGAGGGGGAAAUUGUUUUUGUCUGGGAUCGAAACCGUGUCCCAAAAUCCAGGCCUAGACAACACCCUACCUACUCAAACUCCUACCCUUAUCAUUCGAACCCUCAUCCUGUUCAUCACCCUAAUACCACUCAACCUCGUCCUCGCCCUAAAUACACCAACUCGUCUAUAGCCCCUUUUCAAAUAUCUCAGCCUAACUUCCAACAAGUUCGACCCCUACCUCCCUACAAUCAACAAUUUUCUCCACCAAACAGACCUACCUACAACUAUCCCCAACACACUAAAACUUACAAUCAAAGCCGUACCCGAACAUUCACCAACCUAGGCAGGCCUCUGGACCAAUUGUAUGAACAAUUAAAGGCUGCUGGUAGAAUUGGCAUAAUUCUCCCUCCAACUUACUCUCAUGGCGUCCCUGCCGGAUACAAUCCUCAGUACACUUGCGCCUAUCAUUCGGGAGCACCCGGCCACCCAACCACUGAUUGUAGAGCACUUAAGCACAAGGUGCAAGAUAUGAUUGAAGCAGGAGAGAUUGUAAUUAGAAGAAAAGAGGCACAAGCGCCAAAUGUGGAUAAGAACCCCCUGCCAGAGUACGAUAACACCAUUGGGGUUAUUAUGGACCAUACGGAAUUUAAGGAGCCUGCUAAAAACUCAUCAAGUGAGGCUGAAGUGUUUGGAAAUGAUGCAGAAUUUCCCGAUAUCCCUGAGGGAUCAAUUUCCAAUUGGACAGCCGAAUUUCUACCCAUUCAAAAGGAGUUUCGGUAAACCUAAAGGGGUUUGUCAUUCAUGCGAAUUCAUGAGGAAAAAACUUUUGCAUCUGUAAUUAGCUAAUGAAAACAUCUUUACUUUUGACUAAAAUUUGCGCAUGUAAAUAUUUUUUUUAAGUUUUAUUUCAUUUGCUUUCAAUCAAAGGUUUUAUGAAAAUGCACAAGUCAUUCUUGUCAGGUUAUUUUGUUUAUUCGUUUGUUUCGGUCAUAUUGCUUGUUCAUUUGUUUGUUGUAUAUUGGUUUGCUUAUUAUUCCAAAUUCGUUAAUUCUUUCCAAUGACCAAAGAUAACAUUAUUUGACCCUUUGGAUAUCACUUUUCUGGAAUUCAAUAAUGGCAAUCUCUAUCUCACUCACGACUUGAGAAUUUUGGAACCCAAAUUUCAAAGCAAGAGUGAUAAUGAGAAAGUAUUUGAUUCUUUUUCAAAAAAAUCUUGAACAAAAAGAGGAGAAAUUCGAACCAAACCUAGAAGCCAUAGCAAUUGUUCACAUUGGCACUGAGAAUAAGGUCAAAAGGACAUAAAUCAGCAUUCGUUUGAACAAAAGCAGAAAAGGAGAUGAUUAAGAGUUUGACUAUGUGUCAAGGUGUACAGAUGGUUGGAGGCAGUCUCGUUUGCAGUAGCAGAAAUUCUAUCUUUGCACAUUCUAAUGGGAGUUCAGCCGAGAAUGCCGUUUGUCAUGAAAUGUUACAAACACGCCUGGCCUGAGCCUACGACGAGAAGUUUCAUCAGCAUACAUUUUGAGGAAGGCGACAAAGCACUCAAGCGAACUUUGCCAAUACAAGACGAAGGCAGAGACAAAUUCGCCCAAAAUCAGAAAGGGCCGUUCGUUGUCCAAAAGGUAUUACCUGGCGGAAUACUCAUGCAAAUGGAUGGUCGAACAUUCCCUCAACCCAUCAAAUCAGAUAUGUGCAAGAAGAUUUUCAUUUGAUCAUGCAAAUUUUCCUUAGAAAUUCAUGCAAAUGGCGAAAUGCAAGUCAGGCCCUCUUCUUUUACAUUUAAAGCAUUUUAUCCCUACUUGUCCCCUUUGAGCCAUCAGAAUUGACAAAUUUUCGUUUGGCAGCCCCUGAGAAUUGCCAACCCCACACUGGGGCAAAUUCAUUUUGAAAAGAGAUGAUUGGAAAGGAAAGAAAAACCCCAUACUGGGGCAAAUUUAUCUUGGAGAAAAGAUGAAAAGGGAAAAAGAACCCCACACUGGGGCAAAUUUAGUUUUUGAAAAAAAAAUGCAAAAGUAAGAAGAAUGCAAUGAAGAAAAUGCAAAGGGAAAAAUCCAAUCAAACUGGGGCAAAAUUUUCCUCAGUUUUGUUCAAAAUUUGGAGAUGAUCUCAAAAUGAUGCAAUCUCAGGUUAUUUCACACCUCUCAUCAGAUUUGCUUUCAAGCCUCAACUUUUCUUGAAAACACCCCACCUGACCUCAUUACAAAAGCCCAAAGUCCUGGCUUUCGUCACUUGUUGUAUUUCUAUUAGGAAUUUUGCUAAUCAACUGGCAAGUGAUGUUCAUAAGGCCUUCGCCUAAUCUUACAAGGGAAGUGCAUUUUACUGAUGCCUGAAAUCUCUAACUCACAUUUCUGAGUCGAUCAUGGUCGAGAUAUUUCAUUUUUUUUUUAGGGUGAAAACCCGAAAGGGCGCCAAGGCAAGUUUUUUGCAACGAGCAAGCACGAGGAGGAACAGCUGGUGACUUGGUUCAUUUGGAUUUCUUCUCAGUUUUGUCAUACUUCUGCCAAUAUUAAAUUCCAGAACAAAGAUAUCCAGAGAUUUGAAUAUGACAUCAGUUGGCCAAAAUUGUGUCGCUUUGUAAAAAUAUUCUUUUCCAAAUACAUUCUUAUGAAAUUCAUCUUUCCUCAUUUACUUGUAUUCAUGGCAUUUUUGGAUGUGUUUUACAUUCUUUGACAUAUUCAUUCCAUGCAUAACAUAGGAAAUCAUUUUGCAUUGAUUUUUCAUGCAUCAUUCUUUUACCAUUGGAUUCGGAUGAAUGAUAAACCCUAAGGUUUGUGCAAGAAUAUGGGAUUCAAUCAUCUUUUAAAGUGAGUAAAAUGCAACCAAGCUGCUACAUGGAUUUAGUGACAUGUAAAUGCGCACUUUAUUGGUCUCCGGAAUCGAAAGGUUUCAAAAUUACAAAUUCAACCAAGGCAGAUGCCGCAGCAAAAGUUGGCAAAGGCAUCAAAAGACUCAUGUUUACACGAUUCUCAAGGCAAGCCGGAUCGAAUGAUGGUGGCAAGUCCAUUAUUUCUUCUUGUCUUGCAGGAACGUUGCAUUUACAAACACAAACAACCACACUUCUUUUAGCACCUGAAUCGACGUCAGAAAAGUUCCCCAGUAAGCAGAGACGGAGUGAUAAUUUGGCAAAGAUUGGGUCAUAAGGAACAACAUCAGCUAUCGAUUCCAGCCAUAAAGAUUCAAAUCUCCCUCUUGGUACAAGAGUUUGAACUACUCUCAGGUAAGAACUCAAUUCAUUGUUUAAAAAUCCCGUGGGUCUAUCCCAAUUUUACAUUUCUGUUCGGGUCUAUCCCAAAUUUAAAUUUCUGUUCGGGUCUAUCCCAAAUUUAAAUUUCUGUUCGGGUCUAUCCCGUGGGUCUAUCCCAAUUUUAAAUUUCUGUCCGGGUCUAUCCCGUGGGUCUAUCCCAAUUUUAAAUUUCUGUCCGGGUCUAUCCCGUGGGUCUAUCCCAAAUUUUACAUUCCUGUCCGGGUCUAUCCCGUGGGUCUAUCCCAAUUAUAUCCCAAAUUUUACAUUCCUGUCCGGGUCUAUCCCGUGGGUCUAUCCCAAUUUUACAAUUUCUGUUCGGGUCUAUCCCGUGGGUCUAUUCCAAAUUUAAAUUUCUGUUCGGGUCUAUCCCGUGGGUCUAUCCCAAUUUUACAAUUUCUGUUCGGGUCUAUCCCGUGGGUCUAUCCCAAAUUUAAAUUUCUGUUCGGGUCUAUCCCGUGGGUCUAUCCCAAUUUAAAUCUCUGUUAUCCGUGGGUCUAUCCAAUUUAAAUUCGUUCGGGUCUAUCCCAAAUUUAAAUUUCUGUUCGGGUCUAUCCCGUGGGUCUAUCCCAAUUUUAAAUUUCUGUUCGGGUCUAUCCCGUGGGUCUAUCCCAAUUUUACAUUUCUGUCCGGGUCUAUCCCAAUUUUAAAUUUCUGUCCGGGUCUAUCCCAUGGGUCUAUCCCAAAUUUAAAAUUUCCUGUCUGGGGUCAAUCCCCAUCGUUUGAGUAAUUCGCAGCCGAAGAAUGCAAGUAGAUAUUUGGUGUCUAUUUCUUUGUCUCAAGUUUUUUCAAAACUCAGACAAAGAGGGGCAAACUGUAGACACCAAAUUUUGAAUAAUUUUAUGUGGCAUCUAUUUCAUGAUUGUUUGCAUUCGUUGUUUACUUUUAGUUUUAAUUUUUAGUUUUAGCUUUUAAGUUUAGAAUUAGCGUAGAGUUUUUAGAG